UCCUCCCCGUCUCUCCCACCGUGGUGUUGCUCUCUUCCCCAUUUCGUUGCUUUGUUUUCAUUGUCGCUUCUGAUCAUGGCUGCUCAUUCUACCGAAGAACCGUUCCCCUUUCACGGGCUGCUCCCCAAGAAAGAAACCGGCGCCGCGUCUUUUCUCACCAGGUUCCCCGAGCACGAUGGCCGAGGAGUGCUCAUCGCUAUCCUUGACACCGGCGUGGAUCCCGGGGCUCCCGGCAUGCAGGUCACAACUGAGGGAAAGCCAAAGAUCGUUGACAUCAUCGAUACAACAGGCAGCGGUGACGUGAACAUGACCACAGUGGCAGAACCUAAAGAUGGGACAAUCACUGGCCUCUCUGGUAGAACACUUAAGAUCCCUCCUGCCUGGGUCAAUCCAUCAGGGAAGUAUCGCAUUGGAGUUAAAAAUGGCUAUGAGUUCUUCCCUAAGGCUCUCAAAGAAAGAAUACAGAAAGAGCGAAAGGAGAAGCUGUGGGACCCACCACACAGAGCAGCACUAGCUGAGGUCUCUCGCAAGACAGAAGAGUUUGACCUCUCUCACCCAUCACCCUCACAGAUGGAGAAGUUGCAAAAAGAAGAGCUGCAGAGUCAGUCCGAGCUGCUGGCAUCACUAGAAAAGAAGUACAGCGAUCCUGGUCCUGUAUAUGACUGUGUGCUUUGGCACGACGGCGUCACAUGGAGGGCCGUAGUCGACACUUUAGAGAGUGGAGAGCUGUCCCAGUGCACUGUGCUGAGCUCCUACAGAGAAACGCAAGAGUAUGCCACGUUAGGAAAUGCUGAGAUGCUUAACUACUCUGUUAGUAUUUAUGAUGAGGGAAACACACUCUGCAUCGUCACCAGUGGAGGGGCUCAUGGGACACACGUGGCAAGCAUCGCAGCAGGUUACUUCCCAGAGGAACCCGAGCGCAAUGGUGUAGCUCCCGGGGCCCAAAUCCUGGCUCUGAAGAUUGGAGACACCCGCCUCAGCACCAUGGAAACAGGCACAGGACUCAUCCGAGCGAUGAUUGAAGUUAUCAACUACAAGUGUGACCUGGUUAACUAUAGCUAUGGGGAAGCCACCCACUGGCCCAAUUCGGGGAGGAUUUGUGAGGUGAUCACAGAGGCUGUGCAGAAGCACAAUGUCAUAUUUGUUUCAAGUGCGGGAAACAACGGCCCGUGCCUCUCCACGGUCGGCUGCCCGGGGGGAACCACCAGCAGUGUCAUAGGAGUUGGAGCAUAUGUGACUCCAGACAUGAUGGUAGCAGAGUAUUCCCUGAGGGAGAAGCUGCCUCCCAACCAGUACACCUGGUCAUCCAGGGGCCCCAGUACAGACGGGGCCCUGGGUGUUAGCAUCAGUGCGCCUGGCGGGGCUAUUGCAUCUGUACCCAACUGGACUCUUCGUGGUACCCAGCUGAUGAACGGCACAUCCAUGUCAUCCCCUAAUGCCUGUGGCGGCAUUGCACUAAUCCUAUCAGGAUUGAAACAGAGCGGGAUCUGUCCCUCUGUUCCUGCGGUGAGGAGAGCGCUGGAGCACACUGCUCUGAAGGUUGAUGACAUCGAGGUGUUUGCACAGGGCCAUGGAAUAAUGCAGGUGGACAAGGCAUUAGACUACCUCACUCAACACGCCUCUUUACCCACAAGCCAACUAGGUUUCUCAGUAACUGUGGGAUCACAAAAAGGCAUCUACCUCAGGGACCCAGCCCACAUUCUUGCAUCCUCAGAUCACGGAGUAGGAAUUGAACCCAUCUUCCCGGAGAACACUGAAAACUCUGAGCGAAUCUCCUUGCAGCUACACUUGGCGCUCACAUGUGCCGCCCCGUGGGUCCAGUGCCCCUCCCAUCUAGAGCUGAUGAACCAGUGUCGUCAUGUGAAUGUCCGCGUCGAUCCUGUGGGACUGAGAGAGGGAGUGCACUACACAGAGGUGUGUGGCUAUGAUACAGCAGCACUUAGCUGUGGCCCCCUGUUCAGAGUCCCAAUCACGGUUAUAAUCCCCACCAAAGUGACAGAUAGUCGUAACCACGAGGUGAGUUUCACAGACGUCCACUUCAGACCAGGCCAGAUCAGACGCCACUUCAUCACUGUUCCUCAGGGAGCCUCCUGGGCAGAGAUCACACUGACCUCUCAUUCGGGUGAUGUGUCGUCAAAGUUUGUUCUCCACGCGGUGCACCUGGUCAAACAGAAGGCGUACAGAGCUAAUGAAUUCUACAAGUUCUCCUCACUGUUGGAAAGAGGCUCACUAACGGAGGCUUUCCCUGUGCUGUCAGGAAGGAUAGUAGAGCUGUGCAUUGCCCGCUGGUGGGCGAGCCUGGGUGACGUGACAGUGGACUACAGCAUCUCGUUCCAUGGACUCAACACUUCCCCUUCACCCCUGCACAUACAUGCCUCAGAGGGAGUGACGAGUUUUGAUGUGUCGUCACCUCUGAGAUACGAGGAGGUGUCCCCCACUAUCACCCUCAAGUCUUGGGUUCAGCCUCUCAGGCCGUUAAAUUCAAAGAUAAAAGCCCUGGGACUGAGGGAUGUUCUGCCUAACAACAGACAAAUCUACGAGAUUGUGCUCACCUAUAGCUUUCACCAGCCUAAGAGUGGAGAGGUCACCCCCAGCUGUCCCAUGCUGUGUGAGCUGCUCUAUGAGUCUGAGUUUGACAGUCAGCUCUGGAUGCUGUUUGAUCAGAACAAGAGACUACUGGGCUCAGGGGAUGCCUACCCACACCAGUAUUCUCUGAAGCUGGAAAAGGGGGACUACACCGUGCGUCUGCAGGUCCGCCACGAGCAGUCCAGUGAGCUGGAGCGCCUUAAGGACCUACCGUUUGUGGUUUCUCACCGUCUGUCCACCACACUCAGUCUAGAUGUCUACGAGUCCCACCGUGCUGCCCUCAUGGCCAAGAAGAAGGCAAACUCUGUCACCUUGUGCCCAGGUGCCACACAGCCCUUCUACGUCACAGCCCUGCCAGACGACAAGAUCCCAAAGGGGACGAGUCCAGGAUGCUAUCUUUCAGGCUCUCUGGUUGUCCCCAAGAGCGAGUAUGGCAAGAAAGCAGGGCAGGCCUCUGCAAAACGACAAGGGAAGUUUAAAAAGGAUAUUGUUCCAGUCGUCUACCACUUAAUUCCUGCUCCCAACAAAACAAAAAAUGGAGGGAAGGACAAGGACAAGGAAGGAGACAAAGAGAAAGACGUGAAGGAGGAGUUUGCCGAAGCUAUGAGAGACCUAAAGAUUCAGUGGAUGACAAAGUUAGACUCCAGCUCCAUCUAUGAUGAACUGAGGGAGAGCUACGCCGAUUACCUCCCACUGCAUGUGCAAAGACUGCACCAGCUGGACUCCGAAAAGGAGCGUGUAAAACGUCUGAGGGAGGUGGAAACGGCCGCCGACAUCGUCCUCUCCCACAUCGACCAGACGGCCCUGGCUGUUUACCUCACGUUGAAGACCGACCCUCGGCCUGAUGCCGCAUCUAUCAAGACUGACAUGGAGAAGCAGAAGUCGUCUCUGCUGGACGCUCUGUGCAGGAAGGGUUGCAGUCUGGCCGACCAACUCCUGCUGCCCCCGGCGCCGCAGGAUGGCGCCGGUGCUGUCUCCACGGGACAAGCAGCGGCAGAAGAGCAGGUUGGGGAACAAGUGGCCAGCAGUUCUGACGACGCCAUGCACAGCGUGGUUCAAGCGCUGACGGAUACGUUUUGGGAGGUGCAGAAGUGGGCAGAGCUAACUGACUCCAAGGUGUUGAUGUUUUCAUACAAACACGCUCUUGUGAACAAGAUGUACGGCCGAGCCUUAAAGUACGCCUCGAAGAUGGUGGAGGAGAAGCCCAGCAAAGACAACAUGAAGAACUGCAUCCAGCUUAUGCGACACCUCCGAUGGAUACACUGCGCCACCUUCAGUGAGAACUGGCUACCGGUCAUGUACCCCGCAGAUUACACUCUCUUCUAGGCACAGACACACAUGCAUGCAUGAGCAGCAUGGCCAUACAUGGUCCAUUACAUGAUACCUUUUUGAUAUCAUGUCCCUCAGGGUCACACAUGGUCUAUGCAUCUGGGUUUUCAAAUUUAGAAGUAGGUGGACACCAAAAUGAAGGGUAACGCUGUGUAAAUGGUUCGUGGCACUCAACACUUUAUAAGGCGAAAAGGGAUCAUGUUUGUCUUUUUAAAUGUCUUGUGGAACACUACAGCUCUGCAGACCACGUGGCCCGACGGUUAAUUUGAAUGCCAUCAACAGAAAAACAACAAAUAAUUCAGUUUAAAUUUAUAAAAUGCUCCAAACUAUUGCCACGGCUUGUUAAUACUGUAGCUCGGUGCUUUCUUAGUUGGGUGUUGUCCUUUUACUUUGGUGUCAUCUACACAUUUGGAGGCUUUCACAUCCCCACUCAUCCUCAGCUGUCUGGACUCCAUAUCACAUAGCUAACCUCAUUCUCUCGUGUAAAUAUUGUGUAAAAGGGACCGUGUGGACCCCAGGGAUGCAUCCCAAGUCUUUUAAAGAGAAAUAAACUGACUCCAUCUACUUGCUUAUCAAACAAAUCGACAGCAGAAAAACUCCCAACGUUUUAUAAUGCUUCAGUGAGAAGACAGGAGGACUUGCUUCUGCACGAUGUUCGGACAUACGAGGGCCACUCUGUCUGCCUGAUCCCUGGGUUAAAAGGGAGACCCAACUUGAUAUCUUUUCUUUCUUUGUUUUUUGAUUGUUCCAGCCAGGCCGGGUUGAUAAAGUUAACAUUAUUAGUCUUGUCUGUCUUUUUAGGCCCCGACACUUGUACACAGAACACAAAACAAUAAUUGAGGUGCCUUUCUACAUGUACCUUACUUUUUUUUUUUUUUUUUCUGAUAGGAUAAAAACCAAUGCAAGGCUGCAGAAUCAGUAGCGUCAGUCAACACUCAGCCGCUUGCAAUCAUUUCACCCAUCAGCCUUUUGGUGUCAAAUGUGGUUAUAAAGCUCAUAUCUGCAGUUUGAUGUGUCCGUGCACUGUAUGCAGGCCGUCAGUGAUUUGUCAGCUAAUAGGAAGCCACAAACACUUUCUGGGCUUUUGCUUACCUGUUGGCCUCUCAUUUUAUACUGCAGUUACCUGAGCAGCACAUUUGACAAACUUCAUCUUUAAAGACCUCACUAACGUAAUGGAUGCAGUUGUGGGCAGCGGGAGGAUGUUUAGAUUUCAUUGUGAAAUGUUCACGCAGUAUUACCGUAGACGCGUCUCCGCAGCAUUCAGAAUGUUGCGUUUGUACACAGUGUCAUAAGUAAUGUACAUACACACGUAACAUAAAAAAAAAUAUUAAAAUGCAAUAGGUAUAUAAUACAAAUAUAAUUCAAAUUGAUGUAUUUUGCGUAUAUGCAUGUCUUCUAGGAUGUAAGGAAAAACAAUUGUUUUAUUUGAAAGCAGAUUUUAGUUCAUUUCAAUUUGAAAGGUGUGUGUGUGUGUGUGUGUGUGUGUGUGUGUGUGUGUGUGUGUGUGUGUGUGUGUGUGUGUGUGUGUGUGUGUGUGUGUGUGUGUGUGUGUGUGUGUGUGUGUGUGUGUGUGUGUGUGUGUGUGUGUGUGUGUGUGUGUGUGUGUGUGUGUGUGUGGUGUUACUUGUGAGCAUAUUUUGUGCACAUGAACAUUUUCUCCCUACAGAACUGAAAUGAUAGCCAACUAGAGAGGGUUAAGCAUGAAGUAUUUUUUUUUUUGUGUGUUUUCUUCAGAAACUUUUACUUUAAAGGACCAUGCCAGUGGGUUUUGUAUGUUUUUAUCAGAUUUACUGCAAAUAGCGUUACAUAACGGCUAACCAUUUUGCAUCCUAUGUUAUUUUAUAUUUUUUAAUGGGUUUGUUUAGGCAUCUGUUUAUUUUCAAUAUAUUAGGUGACUUUUGAAACCCAAUGGUGAACACCAAGUCUGCAUUAAAAGCCCUUAAAACCAAAUUUCUCAAUCAUCUUUUUACUCUGGGCGAUGGGGGUUCCACAUAAACACACCAUUUUCUGGCAAAGUCAGAACAGUUUUCAUUAUGUCACAGGGGAUUUCUGUUUGUGCCGUCUCACUGGGUCGAGGUGGUACGGCCAUAUUUCUGAGCACCAAUCAGGAUUUAGCAAUCAAAACGAGAUGACAGUUUUGGGGUUGUAUGUGUAUGUUGCCUCUCACACCCACAAAGUCCUGAUGAAGCAGGUUAGCUGAAUUGUUGAAUGUUAAAACUCGUAACAAAUGUUGAUGCUUAGCAAUGCAGUGUAAUUGCGCACACGUUUAUUUGAAAAUACUUCAAUGCUUUUCUCUGCACAUAUAAUCCAAUUUUUACAAAAAUGAAUGCAGACUUGAUGUUCAUUUUGAAUUAAACAACUUGAAAGAGUACUCCACCAAUUUAGUAUUUCACUCCUGUAACAUUGCAGCUUUCAUAAUGGACAGUUUAAAAAAGGAGCCCUGUGGAGCCAUAAAAGGCUUUAUACAACUUCUAUUUCCAAAUAUCUAAUCCAAAUUUAUUUAUAAUGCACGUUUAUAAUGUAGCUAGUAGUUCCCCUUUUGAGCAAGUUUGAAAAUCAACCAUUUGUUUUGCAUGUAUGUAGAAAUUAAUGGGGAAACGAUGACUGUAAAAUAUUUCUUAAUGGUCAGGUUUACAUGAUUUUUUUAGUCGAGCUAAAACUUCAAAAACACUGGCACGGUCCGUUAAAAUAUCUCGCCUGAAUCAAACGAGGACACAGCGGUUUGGUUUUCCAGUGCAAAAGAGGACCACGCUAAAGAUACAAACUACGUAAUCACGUUUUGUCUUUUACAUUUGUGAUUACCUGUCACAGUCCGUAGUAUUAUCAGUUGAACCAUAUCAUGAUUGUCCCACUUUAAAGGCAGAAUGAGUAGGAUUUGUCGGUUGCGAUUUGUAAACAACAUUUGAAGUUGGCCCCCGACUAAACGAGUGGAACGGUGCUCGCCAGCCGUGAAUCAGUUGUCACAACCCGUGUUGACUCAGGGGUGAAGUGUUUCUGUUUUUAGCUGUGACUUGCGUGCGCUUUCUGCAGCGGUCAGCAGCACAGGCCUCUCCCGAGUGCGCAGGGCUUUACUGGAGUCACUUGGGUUCGACAGAGUUUGUCCUCAUCGUCUUUUCUGCUUCUGUUUUCUCCUGCUGCUUCAUCCUUUUUUUUUUUUUUUUUUUUCUCCUCUUUCCUGUGUUUGGGGUUUGGUUCAGGCAAAUGUUAGGUUCAGGGUUCAGUUGUCUACAGUACGCGUUGCCAAUGACAGUCUCUCCAAAAUGGCCUUAACUUUCACCACAGGACUGUACCGUCCAUUUCUGGCACCAGACAGACUUCUCUAUAUCUGUUGCUCUCACUCUGCUGGUGUCAGGAAAUACUUCAGAAAUGCUUCUUCUGGAUGUUGAGUGUUUAUAUUUGUAGUCAUAAAAUCUAGUAAAUGCCAAUAUUUUACAGAAUGUUAUGAGAUAAGGUUGUAUGCUCUUAGUAUUAUAUUAUUUUAUACCCAUUCUUCCUCAAUGAUGUGGGAAAGACCCAAGCAACUGUCACGCUAUUUUGUGGUCAUGUGGAAUUGUGUCACAAACAAGGAAAACCACACUGAAUAAAAAAUGAUUUGGAAGAA